GCGAUAAUAUGGCAACGCUGCGAUAAAUUAUAUCUGAUAAACAGCUGUUACUGACGUGUUUUCGGUGUAAUGAAAGGAAAACAAAUUGUUGAAAUUGUUUAAUAUUAGUUAAAUGCGUGCGAUCCGCAUAUCACUGCAUCGCUUAAAAUGAAUCUUAGCCGCUGGUCACUGUUUUGGAAUGCAGCUGUAAUUUGUCUCGUACUGCAAACAGUAGCGGUGGACAUCAACGGGCAGGAAUCACCAAAUACAAUACUUAAAAAUUCUAGUACAGCAGAAAAUAGUAACGCCAGUCAUGUAAAUUCCUCACCCAGCAAUCCAUUGGUGAACGUCCCAGUCUCGACUGUUUCUCCCAUCAAUGGGAGCACCACAAGGAAGGGAAACACCUCUACUCUAGUCACGGAACCUCCGCUCAUUGAUUCUCAUGCUGUUGAGCAAGAACACAACUCCUCGCUGUCUUUAUUCUUUGUCAUUUGUGUAAUUAUGCUAGGUAUUCUACUGAUCCACUCAAUGCUUCAGACUGGCUUCCAAUAUCUGCCGGAGAGCAUUGUAGUGGUGUUCCUUGGCGCCUUUAUUGGACUUUCGUUGAACGUUAUGUCUGGCCAAAAUGGCAGCUGGAAGCGCGAAGAGGUGUUUUCUCCAAUGGGUUUCUUCCUUGUCCUCUUGCCGCCCAUUAUUUUUGAGUCCGGCUACAAUUUGCACAAAGGAAACUUUUUUCAAAACAUUGGCUCGAUUCUAGUCUUCGCAAUUUUUGGCACAACCAUAUCUGCUUUAGUCAUCGGAGCCGGAAUAUAUUUGCUUGGUCUUGCAGAGGUGGCAUUCCGGCUUAGCUUUUCAGAGUCUUUUGCCUUUGGAUCGCUCAUCUCAGCAGUUGACCCUGUCGCCACUGUGGCUAUUUUUCAUGCACUGGAUGUUGAUCCAAUACUUAACAUGUUGGUGUUUGGCGAGAGCAUUCUAAACGACGCAAUAUCGAUUGUUCUAACCGCUUCCAUCACACAAUCUGUCAACGCAAAUGCAGAGGCUAGCACGGGAGAGGCAAUCUUUAGUGCCCUAAAGACGUUCUGUGCCAUGUUCUUUGCUUCGGCCGGCAUCGGAGUCAUCUUCGCAUUGAUAUCGGCACUCUUACUUAAGCACAUUGACUUGCGGAAGCAUCCGUCCCUUGAGUUUGCCAUGAUGCUUAUGUUCACCUACGCUCCCUACGUUUUAGCCGAGGGAAUUCACUUAAGUGGAAUUAUGGCCAUACUGUUUUGUGGAAUCGUGAUGUCUCACUACACACAUUUCAACUUGUCUACGGUAACUCAAAUCACCAUGCAGCAAACAAUGAGGACCUUGGCUUUUAUAGCAGAAACUUGUGUGUUCGCCUAUCUGGGACUAGCGAUCUUUUCAUUCAAGCACCAAGUUGAGCUGUCUUUUGUUAUAUGGGCGAUCGUAUUGUGUCUUAUUGGACGAGCCUGCAACAUUUUUCCUCUCGCAUUUUUGGUUAACAAAUUCCGCGAGCACAAAAUCAACAACAAGAUGCAGUUUAUUAUGUGGUUUUCUGGCUUACGUGGAGCUAUUUCCUAUGCGUUAUCUUUGCACUUAAAUCUUGACAGCCAAGAGAAACGCCACGUUAUUAUUACAACCACGUUGAUAAUCGUGCUUUUCACAACCUUGGUUUUGGGUGGUUCUACCAUGCCGCUGCUAAAGUAUCUUAAGCCUGGAAAAAAACGAAGACCACGUGGAACUGUUCGCAACUCAUCGGAGGAGGCAGUGGGAGCGCGUCGCAGCAGCAACAGCCGCAAACGCUCAAAGUCUAUUUCCCUCUCGAAGACACGGGAGUGGGGUCAGGCGAUUGAUUCAGAGCACUUGUCCGAACUUACCGAAGAGGAGGAUGUCUCCUUUACCCAGGCUCGCAAUCGCUUUGGGCGCCUCGAUCGCAAGUACUUCAUUCCGUUUUUCACCCGUCGAUUCAACAGCCAGGAGCUGCAUGAGUGCAAGUCUCAGAUGGCGGACUUGACCAAUAAAUGGUACCAGGCGAUUCGUGUGAGUCCCUUAGAUUCGGAUGAGUCGGAUGAGGAGAUUGGAUUAGCGGCUAGCACCAGUCAGAGCCAUCUCACACGGUCGUAGAAUUAGAUGAUAGAUGGAACUCUGUGGCUGUGUUAAUACUUUGUGGCCAGUGUGAAGGAUCAUAUGUAUUUAUUUUUGUUGUUGAUAUAGAUCAAAUGUAGCCCGUUUUCUUUUUUAUGAACGCGAAAAUGUGGUGGUGGCGUACGUUAACUUGUUUAAUAUUUGUUUUCUUUAUGUUGUUUUUGGUGGAUAUAAAUCCUAAUAGAUUGUUUUUUGGGGUUGUCUUUA